CGGCGCCGGAAGUUGGCGACCUGGCGGCCCAGCUGGAAAGAGUGCGCGGAGAAAGCUAGGCUGUCCCAGAUUCCACACCAGCCAGACUGAGGGGCGGGUGAAGGCCCCGAGCCGAAAUCCGGGAGGAACCCAACUCCUCCCAAUCCGCAGCCAACUCUCAGCGAAGAUGGCGGGGCCCGAGCUACUGCUUGACUCCAACAUCCGCCUCUGGGUGGUCUUGCCCAUCGUUAUCAUCACUUUCUUCGUGGGCAUGAUCCGCCACUACGUGUCAAUCCUACUGCAGAGCGAUAAGAAGCUCACCCAGGAACAAGUGUCUGACAGUCAGGUCCUAAUUCGAAGCAGAGUCCUCAGGGAAAAUGGAAAAUACAUUCCCAAGCAGUCUUUCUUAACACGAAAAUAUUACUUCAACAACCCAGAGGAUGGAUUUUUCAAAAAAACAAAAAGGAAGGUUGUGCCACCUUCCCCUAUGACAGACCCCACCAUGCUCACAGACAUGAUGAAAGGGAAUGUCACGAAUGUCCUCCCAAUGAUUCUUAUCGGCGGAUGGAUCAACAUGACGUUCUCAGGCUUUGUCACAACUAAGGUCCCGUUUCCGUUGACGCUUCGCUUCAAGCCUAUGCUUCAGCAAGGAAUAGAGCUGCUCACACUAGAUGCGUCCUGGGUGAGUUCUGCAUCCUGGUACUUCCUCAAUGUGUUUGGGCUCCGGAGCAUUUACUCUCUAAUCCUGGGCCAAGAUAAUGCCGCUGACCAGUCACGAAUGAUGCAGGAGCAGAUGACAGGAGCAGCGAUGGCCAUGCCUGCGGACACCAACAAAGCUUUCAAGACAGAGUGGGAAGCUUUGGAACUGACAGAUCACCAGUGGGCGCUCGAUGAUGUGGAAGAAGAACUCAUGGCCAGGGACCUCCACUUUGAAGGCAUGUUCAAAAAGGAACUGCAGACGUCCAUAUUCUAACCACAUGCGGGGUCAGCUGUGUCCGGAACUUGCAGUAGCACUUAACCUUGUAACUUCCGUGGAGCUGGAGCCUCUGAGAAUAAAAAGGAGGGUGCAGGGGCUGGCGGGUGCACAGUGAGGCUCGUUCUUAUCUGAGCUGGGUUCCCCUUUGUAUUGGAAACUAGAGGAAAAGGAGUUGUGGGUAACUGCUGUCUUAAAGUUUGUGAUUGGUCCUUCAGGUGACUCUAGUGAGGAUGUCAGAGAAAGGGGAGACCCCAUGCUACUGAGAAUAGCUCAACCCUUAGCAAAAACUCUGUGCUUGGAAAGAGCAUUGUCAGUUAUAGCAGUUACUAUGUUGGGUCAGUCUGACUUCCAGCCACAGUAAACUCCUAUUUUCUUAGGAUCCAAACACCCUGCAUUUUACCUUUAAUUUCUUGUUUGUAUUUUUAAACUUUCUUUACACAUAUAAUAUACAUUUUCUCUACCACAAUUUUGACACUAUGGCUGAGCAGCAUAGAGCUCCCUGCACUGUUCACUUGAGCCUACAGAAUGACGCAGAGAGCUGGUGUGGCCCAACAUUGCUGAAAUAAACUCUUUGUAGAGUGGAUCCCCAGGACUGGGGCAGAUUCAGCAAACUUUUCAUAUCUCUUCAUAUUUAGUCCAGUGAAAACAGGUGACCCUGAGGCACAGCCAGACUCUCAAGUGCCUUUGGGCUCAUCAGAGACAGGUUACAUAUACAAGUUCUUGAUUGGAACUUGAGAAAAUAUCAACUCUAUUGGCCAGUCAAUGGUGCUGUACUGCAAAUGGCUACUCACUUGAAUGAAUGACCUCAUCCCAGCUCCUCUGGGCAGGAGAGAACUUACCACUGUUGGGGCGAGAGGGCAGUUUCUGAUGGAUAUAAAGAUCAAGGUGCCCAGGAGUCCUCUGACCAGGGAAGUGACAGGUUGCCAUUUCUGUACCAAGAGGUGGGUGUGAUUGCAUGUUAAGCACUGUAGCCAAGAAGAAGCGACUCUUGACUCUUAAUUAAACAGCCCUGUUUUCUCUUUGCCUGUGAAA